UAUAAUAAACAGUUGGAUUUUGCCAUUGCAAACGGGUGCUUCCAGCUAAGUGAAUGAAAAUGUCUACUAGAACUCCAUUGCCCACGGUGAAUGAACGGGACACUGAAAACCAUACCUCUCAUGGUGAAGGACGACAGGAAAUUUCUUCCCGAACUAGUCGGUCUGGGGCUCGCUGUAGGAAUUCCAUAGCUUCCUGUGCAGAUGAGCAGCCACAUAUUGGGAAUUACAGACUCCUUAAGACAAUUGGAAAGGGAAAUUUUGCAAAAGUGAAACUGGCCAGGCACAUUCUUACUGGCAGAGAGGUUGCAAUAAAAAUAAUUGACAAAACUCAAUUGAAUCCAACUAGUCUACAAAAGCUGUUUAGGGAAGUAAGGAUAAUGAAGAUUUUAAAUCAUCCCAAUAUAGUUAAAUUAUUUGAAGUAAUUGAGACUGAAAAAACACUCUACUUAAUCAUGGAAUAUGCAAGUGGAGGGGAGGUAUUUGAUUAUCUAGUUGCACAUGGAAGAAUGAAGGAAAAAGAGGCAAGAGCGAAAUUUAGACAGAUAGUAUCUGCAGUGCAGUAUUGCCACCAAAAGCAUAUUGUUCACAGAGAUCUCAAGGCUGAAAAUCUAUUACUCGAUGCAGACAUGAACAUUAAAAUAGCCGAUUUUGGUUUUAGUAAUGAGUUUACAGUUGGUAAUAAACUGGACACAUUUUGUGGCAGCCCCCCCUAUGCUGCUCCAGAACUCUUCCAAGGCAAGAAAUAUGAUGGACCUGAAGUAGAUGUUUGGAGCUUAGGUGUCAUUCUUUAUACUCUUGUGAGUGGAUCUCUGCCUUUUGACGGGCAGAAUCUAAAGGAACUCAGAGAGAGAGUGUUAAGAGGAAAAUACAGGAUUCCUUUCUACAUGUCAACAGAUUGUGAAAACCUGCUAAAACGUUUCCUGGUGCUAAACCCAACUAAAAGAGGCACUCUUGAGCAAAUAAUGAAGGACAGAUGGAUCAAUGCAGGACACGAAGAUGAUGAACUUAAACCUUUUGUGGAACCAGAAUUAGACAUUGCAGACCAGAAGAGAAUAGAUAUUAUGGUUGGAAUGGGAUAUUCUCAAGAAGAAAUUCAGGAAUCUCUCAGUAAAAUGAAAUACGAUGAAAUCACUGCUACAUAUUUACUACUGGGGAGGAAAUCAUCAGAGUUGGAUGCUAGUGACUCAAGCUCUAGCAGCAACCUUUCUCUUGCUAAAGUCAGGCCAAGUAGUGAUCUCAACAAUAGCACUGGACAGUCUCCACAUCACAAAGUUCAAAGAAGUAUAUCUUCUAGCCAGAAGCAGCGAAGGUACAGCGACCAUGCUGGUCCAUCUAUUCCUCCAGUAGUAGCCUAUCCCAAAAGAAGCCAGACAAGUACUACUGACAAUGACCUCAAAGAAGAAGGGGUUCCAUCAAGGAAGUCCAGCAGCAAUACAGCUGGAGGAAAAGGAAUUGCUCCUGCUAGCCCUAUGCUUGGGAAUGCAAACAAUCCAAAUAAAGCUGAUAUACCUGAGCGUAAAAGAAGUUCUGCUACGCCCAAUAGCAACACUACACCUGGAGCCAUGACACGGCGAAACACUUAUGUUUGUAGUGAACGAACUCCUACAGACAGACACUCGGUAAUUCAAAAUGGCAAGGAGAGCAGUACCAUUCCUGAUCAGAGGACACCAGUUGCUUCAACUCACAGUAUCAGCAGUGCAACAACACCCGAUCGUAUCCGAUUCCCAAGAGGAACUGCCAGUCGUAGUACUUUCCAUGGCCAGCUUAGAGAAAGGCGCACUGCCACCUAUAAUGGACCUCCUGCAUCACCUAGUUUAUCUCAUGAAGCAACACCACUUUCACAGACACGAAGUAGGGGCUCCACUAAUUUGUUCAGUAAAUUGACUUCAAAGCUGACUAGAAGAAACAUGUCAUUCAGGUUUAUCAAAAGGCUCCCGACUGAAUAUGAGAGGAAUGGGAGAUAUGAGGGCUCAAGUCGUAACGUGGCUGUUGAUCAGAAGGAUGACAACAAAGAAGCCAAACCCCGUUCACUACGAUUUACUUGGAGCAUGAAAACUACCAGUUCAAUGGAUCCAAAUGAUAUGAUGAGGGAAAUUCGCAAGGUCCUGGAUGCCAAUAAUUGUGACUAUGAACAGAGGGAACGUUUCUUGCUUUUCUGUGUCCAUGGGGAUGGCCAUGCAGAAAACCUCGUGCAAUGGGAGAUGGAGGUGUGUAAGCUACCCAGACUGUCCCUGAAUGGAGUUCGCUUUAAACGGAUUUCGGGAACAUCCAUAGCUUUUAAAAACAUUGCUUCGAAAAUUGCCAAUGAAUUAAAGCUGUAAUGAGAAGAGCAAUCAAGUUUGUAAAUUAAGUAGCAAAUUCAAGUGUUUUUGUUUUGUUUUUGAGGACACCAAUGGUCAUGUAUAGAAUACUUAGGGCAAUAACUUCUGCAUCUUCUGGAUCGUGGUAUUAAAACAAAACAGUUCAGACAAGCUGCUGAGCUGGGAGGGAAGUUGGACUUUUUUUUAUAAGUGCACUACAGCAUUAAAGUUGCCUAUGUAAAAUAUUCCCUUCUGCUUUAUUUCCAAUGCUUUUGAGUCUUGACAAACAAUCUAAAACACACCAUGUAUACAUUUGGAUAUUCCUCCUGUUGUGUGGAUGUGUGAAUGUACAGUAUGUGUGUACAAUUAUAAUAUAAAAGUAUUAUAUGUAAACCAUUUAUAGCAUCAGAACUGUACCAGUACCUCUUCCGGGUUAAUUUUGGUGCUAAAAUUGAAAUGGCCAAGGUGAAAGCCCUUAAAAAUACUAAAUAAUCGGUAAACACAAGUUUCACAGUU